AUGGGCAGAAUCAUCUUCUACGAGGACAGGAACUUCCAGGGUCGCUCCUAUGAGACCAGCAGCGACUGCGCCGAGCUGACGUCCUACCUGAGCCGCUGUAACUCCUGCCGAGUGGAGAACGGCUGCUUUAUGGUCUACGAGCGUCCAAACUAUGUGGGCCACCAGAUGCUGGUGAGGAGGGGCGAGUACCCCGACAACCAGCGCCUGAUGGGAAUGAGCGUGGGCGACUGCAUCCGCUCCUGCCGCAUGAUCCCUAUGCACAGGGGACAGUUCAGGAUGAAGAUCUACGAGAGGGAGAACUUCGGAGGUCAGAUGCACGAGCUGAUGGAAGACUGCGACUCCAUCCAGGAGCGCUACCGCAUGUCCGACUGUCAGUCCGCUCACGUGAUGGACGGCCACUGGCUGAUGUACGAGCAGCCACAAUACAGAGGCAGGAUGACGUACCUGAGACCCGGAGAGUACAGGAGCUUCAGGGAGCUGGUCCUGGGUCCCAUGGAGAAGAGGAUCGGAUCCAUCAGGCGCAUCAUGGAAUCCUGUAAUAGCAAUAUUGUGACAUGUGUCCAGACAGGGAGGGCAUCAGUUCAUUCACAGCUCUCUGAGAUCUGCGAAACCACUGCAUCCAACAUGGGCAAGAUCACCUUCUACGAGGACAGGAACUUCCAGGGGCGCUCCUAUGAGUGCAUGAGCGACUGCGCCGACAUGUCCUCCUACCUGAGCAGGUGUCACUCCUGCAGGGUGGAGAGCGGCUGCUUCAUGGUCUACGAUCGCCCCAACUACAUGGGCAACCAGUACUUCAUGAGGAGGGGCGAGUACUCCGACUACAUGAACAUGAUGGGAAUGAGCGGCGGUAUCAGGUCCUGCCGUAUGAUCCCCAUGUACAGAGGAAACUACAGGAUGAGGAUCUACGAGAGGGAGAACUUCGGUGGUCAGAUGCACGAGAUGAUGGACGACUGUGACAACAUCAUGGACCGCUACCGCAUGUCCGACUGCCAGUCCUGCAACGUGAUGGACGGCCACUGGCUGAUGUACGAGCAGCCCCAAUACAGAGGCAGGAUGAUGUACAUGAGGCCUGGAGAGUACAGGAGCUUCAGGGAGAUGGGCUGGAGCGGCAUGAGGUUCAUGAGCAUGAAGCGCAUCACUGACAUGUGCUAAUUGUACAUUUUGAUGUCAAUAAAUCAUAGAAGAUUCUACUUUUAAA